AUGUCUGCCAUCCUGUUCACUGUCUCCUUCAUGUUCCUCUAUGUGCUCCUGUCUGCGACAAUCAUUGUGCAGAGCAGCUUGACUGUUGCAGUGCUGGUAAGAGAGUGGUUGCAGGUCCAAAAACUGUCACCCUUGGACAUGAUCCUCACCAGUCUGGGCGUCUCCCACUUCGUUCUACAGUGGGCAUCAGUAUUGCACAACUUUUGGUCCUAUUUUCAUCCUAAUUCUCUUUUCUACUGUGUCAAGAUCUCUUCCUUCACUCAUCCCCUCUUCCUCCGGCUGAAGUGGAGAAUUUCAAGAUUGAUCCCUUGGAUAUUGUGGGGUUGUCUGUUGCUGUCUUGUGUGGAAAUCAUCAUAUCAUCUAUCAGGAAUCAUAUCAAGACUCAGAUCAAGCUGGGGAGCUCUCCCGAAAAUAGCACGAAGAAGGACAGAAUUAAGACAUUCCUGUGGCACUUUAUCCUCCCUCAGGAAAUGACUAUGAUGGCUAUUCCCUUUGUCUUAUUAUUAGUAUUCACCAUCCUGCUUAUGGCCUCACUGUUGAGACACUUGAAGCAGAUGCGUGACCACAGCACUGGCUAUUGGCUCUCCAACAGGCGCGCUCAUUCGAUGGCCCUCAAGUCUCUUGCCCUGUUCCUUAUCUUCUUCAGCUCUUAUUUUAUAGCUCUAUUUGUUUCAUUUUCGAACUUUGCAACUGAGAAGAAGCUCUCAUUCUGGGCUUGGGAAGCUGUCAUCUACUUUGUAACCCUGAUUCGUUCCACUUUACUGAUGUUUAGCAGUCCUACACUGAAAAAGUUUCUAAAGGGAGGGCGGUGA